AGGCCCGUGCCUAUUUCGUCUCGCCGUGCCUACAUAACGCGAGCACUCCGCGGACGACAUAUCAUCCCCAUCCACACAGGUGAUCGACCGAUCACCGGAGAGAUUGCACCUUUGCCAAUCACUUGCACGUAGACACGGCAGCUUCGGCUCCGCAUACAUACAUAGGCAUGGCCACCAGCACCCCGCAGCUCGUGAUGCUCGUGUCGUGUUUGGCCGCCCUUGCCGUCGCCGCCGGCGCCGGGGAAGUGGAUGGUAGGCCAAAGGCCCGCGGGUUUGUGACGGCGAGCGGGGCGCGGUUCAUGGCGGGCGGGCGGCGGUUCUACGCCGACGGGUUCAACGCGUACUGGCUCAUGUACAUGGCGUCGAACCCCGCGGACCGGAGCAAGGUGGUGGACGUGCUGGAGCAGGCGUCCCGCCUCGGCGCGACGGUCGUCAGGACCUGGGCCUUCAGUGACGGCCAGGGCAGCGACCGGCCGCUGCAGAUCACCCCCGGCGUGUACAAUGAGCAAGUGUUCGUGGGACUAGACUUCGUAAUAGCGGAAGCGAAGAAACGAGGGAUCUACUUGAUCCUGAGCUUGGUGAACAACAUGGAGAGCUUUGGCGGGAAGAAGCAGUACGUGAAGUGGGCGCGAGACCGGGGCCACUACCUUGGGUCCGACGACGACUUCUUCUCUGACGCGCUCACCCAACAGUUCUACAAGAACCACAUUAAGAGGAUGAUCACGCGAGUAAACACCUUCACGAGGGUGGCGUACAAGGACGAGCCGACCAUCUUCGCGUGGGAGCUGAUGAACGAGCCUCGCGUCCCGAGCGACCUCUCCGGAAAGACAAUGGAGCGCUGGGUGGCGUCGAUGUCCGCGUACGUCAAGUACGUCGACCCCAAGCACAUGGUGGAGAUUGGCAUGGAAGGGUUCUACGGCGAGUCCACGCCGGAGCGCAAGCGGUUCAACCCGGGGCAGGGGUACACCGCCGGCACCGACUUCGUCUCCAACAAUCGCAUCCCCACCGUCGACUUCGCCACCAUCCACGUCUACCCCGACCAGUGGAUGCCGGGGUCGAGCAGCCAGGCGCAGGUGGAGUUCACCAAGAGGUGGAUGGCGUCCCACAUCGAGGACGCGGGGAAAGCGCUGCGGAAGCCGCUGCUGGUGGCGGAGUUCGGCUGGUCCGCGCGCUCCGGCGGCUACACGGUGGCGGCGCGGGACGGCUACUUCCGCAUGGUAUACGACGCCAUCUACGCUUCCGUGAAGGGGAACGGGCCGUGCGCCGGGGGGCUCUUCUGGCAUGUCAUGGCGCCCGGGAUGGAGAGCUGGACGGACGGCUAUGACGUCGUGUUCGAGCGCAGCCCCACCACCGCCGCGGUCGUCUCGCAGGAGUGCGCCAAGAUCGACAGAUUCACGCCCGCUGUCUAGCUUUUUUGUGAUAGUGGCACAUGCAUGUGUGUGGAGGAAUCGAAGACUCACGAGCCCAUUGGAUUCGAAUUAUUUACAUCGGGUUGCUAAUGAAUAGAAGAGCGCUAGGCGUCCGUGGGACGGCGGGCCAACAAAUCGUCCCUCUC